CCAAAGCAGAGCGAAUUAAAUAACAGUGAACUGGUCGGGCAGCGUUUCAUUAGUACACGAACCGUCAAUCCGAAAACAAGUGCCAUUCUUCUCCUCUCACGUCGCGGACUCCGUAUCCAUCCGUCCGGUUUGAAUCAAAGUCCAUCCACGCCCCCACACCCAACCUAGGACCUAGGAGCUGGAAGUUCAUCAUCAAAGUGAAGCAGUGCGGUCGCCCAGUGAGUGUGUUUGUAGAAACUUGGAACUUCAAGCGAAGUUAGUGGAAACGAAGAAGUUCUUUGGCAUGGUUUCAGCUGUUUGCAACUGUUUUCAUUUGGUGCACGUUUUGUGAGAAGAAAGUCACUACGAACUCUGUGAAUACCGAACCAGUUAGUAGUUUAAGUGAACAUCGACGUUAGUAGAAUUUAAGUUUAUUGUUUGAGACGUUUCUGUUCUGUUAAAACGAGGGCUUUGAAACAACGGAUUGAGUAGCACUGAUCAGGAAAUCUACAUUCUUCAGAUUGGGGAUCAAACAAACGGUGGAAGUAGCUGGACGAAAAAUUGCAAAUUUGCGGAGUUUGGCCGAAAAUUGUAGGAUCGGAAAAUUCUAACUUCUCAUCGAAACUCAGAAGUUCCUUAUUUUCGAUUUUAAAUUAUCAGUUCCAGAAUGACCGUCCUAACCAGCGCAACCAAGAGCGGCCGCUCGACGUCAUCGACGAUCACCUCGGUGAGCCGUAAGGGCAAGAGCACCAGCGUCGUCCAGAAGAAGUACAAAGAAUCGUACCGCGUGAUGGGUGGAUUCGAACAGCGACCCUGGACGCCGACCAAGCGGCGUGGCCCCAUUGCGGCGGAACAUCGUGGCCCAGGACCGCAGUAUCUGCUACCACAGCUGCUAGGUACGCGAGUUGUCGAUUCGAAGCGGGCGGCCGCACCCGCAUACAGCUUCGGUCAACGCCACAGACCCCGAACGGAGUCCUUCAGCCCGGGCCCACUGUACAACAUCACCGGGCUGGGAUGCAAAGGCAAAGACACCCCUCCGGCCUACUGUCUGCAGAGUCGACCCAAGGAAAUUCCCAAGUACCUCACUCCGGCACCCGGAGAGUACAACGUGGAAAAGUCGGACAAAAUGCUGGUCAAAUCGGCACCGCGGUACACCUUCGGCGUCAAGAAGCCCCCGAAAUCAACCAGCGAAACUCCAGCUCCCUGUGAUUACAAACCCGAAAAAGUAGUAUUAGAUAGCUCUCCAAGUUUUUCGUUCGGAAUCAGGCCGGAGGUGAAGAUUCGUAGCGAAACGCCAGGUACUGUAAGUCACCCGAUGGUAUUUUGCUUUGGGAGUAAUGAAUCAAUUUUUCCAGCACCCGGUACCUACUCGCCGGAGAAAGUAUUACAAGACAAAUCACCAAAGUAUAGCUUUGGCCUCAAAGUGAUCCCCGAAAAGCACGAAGAAACGCCGGCGCCCGGUGCCUAUGAGCCGGAAAAGGCCAGCCAAGCCCUAGAUAGGAAACCAGCUUAUACGUUCGGAAUGAAAACAAUCAUUGAAAAACCUAACAACACACCGGCUCCUGGAGCAUACGAACCGGAAAAGGCCAAACUCGACAACACCCCGGCCUACAGCUUCGGAAUUAGGCCCAAUCUGGAUAAGCCAAACAACAAUCCUGCACCCUGUCAGUACGAGCCCGAGAAGGCCAAGAAACUCGAUCACUCACCCGCAUAUCCAUUCGGCAUGCGUAUCAAUCACGACAAGCCUAGCAAUACGCCUGCCCCCACGGCUUACGCAGUAGAGAAAGUAAAUCUAGACCAUCAUCCCGCGUACAGUUUUGGUCAGCGAACGAAAACCGACAAACCGAACAGCAAUCCAGCCCCGGGAGCGUACGCACCGGAAAAGGCCAACCUGGACGGGGCACCGAAGUAUAGCUUCGGCCUUCGACCGACAAUCGACAAGGUGAGCUGCGUUCCCGCACCAGGAGCUUAUUCUCCCGAAAAAGCCAAAUUAGAUAGCACUCCGUCCUAUAGCUUCGGAGCACGAAUCAAUCUCGAGAAACCAAGUGCCAUUCCCGGACCGGGAGCCUACGAUGCCGAUAAGAUGAUGGACAAAAACUCUCCGGCCUAUAGCUUCGGAGCGAGGACUAACGUUGACAAGAAGAGCGAUAUCCCCGGUCCGGGAGCCUACGAUAAUGAUAAGGUAGUAGAUAAGACACCAGCUUAUAGCUUCGGAUUAAGGACAAACGUUGAGAAGCCUAACGUAGUUCCGGGGCCGGGUGCCUACGAUUCGGAAAAGGUAGUAGAUAAGAGUAUGCCGGCAUACAGUUUCGGUCUUAGGACUAACGUUGAUAAACCUAAUACGGUUCCCGGUCCGGGAGCGUACGAUUCCGAUAAAACAGACAAGGGAGCUCCCUCGUACAGUUUUGGUGUCAAAACAAAUCUCGAAAGGCCGAAUAACGUUCCCGGUCCAGGAGCUUACAACUCGGAUAAGACAACAGACAAGGGUACUCCGUCGUACAGCUUUGGAAUGAAGACAAAUGUUUCGAAACCCAACAUGGUACCCGGGCCAGGUGCUUACGAUGCAGAUAAGUCACUGGAUAAGAGCACCCCGGCUUAUAGUUUCGGGGUAAAGCCCAAUCUCGAUAAGCCAAAUACCAUCCCUGGACCGGGAGCCUAUGACUCUGACAAGGUAAUAGAUAAGACUACUCCUUCAUACAGUUUCGGCGUGAAGACCAAUUUAGAGAAGCACAAUAACGUUCCCGGUCCGGGGGCUUACGAUUCGGAUAAAGUGGUUGACAAAUCUACCCCUUCCUACAGUUUUGGAGUCAAAACCAAUGUCGAACAGAAGAAUACCAUCCCGGGCCCAGGAAGCUACGACAACGAUAAAAUUGUCGACAAAACUCUUGCUUACAGCUUUGGAGUGAAAACCAACACAGCCAAGGCAUUUAACACUCCAGCUCCCGGGUCAUACUCCCCGGAGAAAUGCAACCCCGAUCACUCUCCUCAGUACAGCUUCGGAGUGAAAUCGAACGUGGAAAAGAAGAACACCUAUCCGGGUCCGGGUGCCUACAACCCGGAAGCCGCAAAUUCCGACACAAUGCCUUCGUUCACAUUCGGAGUUCGUCCCAAUAUCGAUAAAAUCGAUGUCACUCCUGCACCGGGAAGUUAUUCGCCCGAGAAAGCCAAGAUUCAUAACCCAGCUUUCACGUUUGGAGUUAGGCCCAACAUCGACAAGAUCCAGCUUACUCCGGCUCCUGGAGCGUACAAUACGGAAGCGGUGAAGCUGGAUAGUACUCCUGCGUACUCGUUCGGAGUGAGGCCACAUGAGGAUAAGAUUCAAGUGACACCGGCUCCCGGGGCGUACGAAGUCGACAAGGUCAAGCUGGACCAUGGACCGGCGUAUCAGUUCGGUAUCAAGGUCAAUCGUGAGAAGGCGAACGAUGUGCCAGCUCCUGGAACGUACAACCUAGACAAAUCAAAACUGGAUCAUUCUCCUGCCUACUCGUUUGGUAUUAAGCACAAAGGUGAAAAGCUGAAGGAUACCCCAGCUCCCUCCGCCUACCAGCCGGAAAAGUGCAAAAUCGACGUCGCCCCAGCGUUCACGUUCGGCGUGAAGGUAAAUUGUGAAAAGUUCACUGUUAGCCCAGCCAUCAUGAGCAAUGGCAUCAACGGCGGCACAUCCACUUCAAUCACCUCAGCCACCACCGCUACCAGUGCCACAACCACUACAACUGCAGUCAUGGAAAAUGGGGCUGGCACCGUAGCACUGCAGCAAUCUAGCCAGAAAAGUAGUGUACAGAAACAACAGCAACAGCAACAGCAGCGCUCUCAGCAAACCCAGCAGGUGGUAAGCAAUGGGGGUGGCAUCACUACCACCACCUCCACGACCAGCGGAAGUGUCAAGAUGACCCGUGAACGGAAAACCGUCAGCGAAGAGCACGUGACUUCAUCGACGGGCACCACCAGCACCACUUCGGGGACCACUGCUGUGACCAACGAGAACCUGGUUCCGAACUGCAUCGCUGGUGUAAAAUCGCUGCAGAACGUGCAGCACCAGCGAAUGGUUUGCACCGGACAUUUCCGAGCUUGAUUUGCGCGUUUUGUGUUUCCAGUGAACUCAUGUUUUGUAAACUUUGUAUUAGUUUUGUUAAUUGUUUGUUA